AUGAACGAUACAGUAACUAUCUGGACCAGGAAGUUCAUGACCAAUCGACUAAUUCAGCGUAAACAAAUGGACAUCAGUAUGGACAUCAAUAAUGAUGUCCUUCAUCCUGGAAAGGCAACAGUACCUAACACAGAAAUUCGGGAAAAACUAGCCAAAAUGUACAAGACCACACCAGAUGUCAUAUUUGUAUUUGGAUUCAGAACCCAUUUUGGUGGUGGCAAGACAACUGGCUUUGGCAUGAUUUAUGAUUCCUUGGAUUAUGCAAAGAAAAAUGAACCCAAACAUAGACUUGCAAGACAUGGUCUGUAUGAGAAGAAAAAGACCUCAAGAAAACAGCAAAAAGAAUGCAAGAACAGAGUGAAGAAAUUCAGGGGGACUACAAAAGCCAAUGUUGGUGCUGGCAAAAAGUGAGCUGGAGACUGGACAACAGAAGGAAUAAAGAUACUGCAGUGGCUUUAUCUGUGGUGAUUGUGCAGAUUUUUCAUGAGAGGAUUAAUAAACUAAGAAUGUUAAUGUGAAAAAAAAA